UUGAUGCCAGUGUUCAGCAUCACCACCCAGCAACAGACAGUUUCAUUCAUCAACAAAAUCACGGCGAGGAUGACUGACACGGAGAUCGAGGGUCCGGGGAGACACAGGAACGGUGAUGUGCUCGCAGAAUCGGCGACAAAAAGAGAUGAUGUGUUUGAUGAAACGUACAAAGAGAAAGAAGGUCCUAAACCUUCAAUGAUAAUCGUGUGGAGAAAUAUCAUAUUGAUGACUUUAUUGCACAUUGGAGCCGUGUACGGCAUCACCCUCGUCCCAUCUGCUCAUGUUUUGACCUGGGCUUGGUUUGUGUUUUGCUUUUUAACAAGUGCUUUAGGAGUGACUGCGGGGGCUCACCGGCUAUGGAGCCACAGGUCGUACAAGGCCUCGUUACCUCUCAGAAUCUUCCUUGCCACUGCCAACUCCAUGGCCUUUCAGGUACAACAUGGGUCUUUCCCACUUCACCUUUAUUGA